AUGAGCAGCGAGCAACCAGCAGAGUUGAAAUUGUGGGGUGGUCGUUUCACUGGCGGCACCGAUCCUUUGAUGGAGCUGUACAACGCUUCUUUGCCCUAUGAUAAGAAGAUGUAUGUUGCCGAUUUGGAGGGCACUCGUGUUUAUACUUCGGCUCUUCACAAGGUGGGCCUUCUUAACGAUCACGAAUUGUCUGAGAUCCACCGAGGAUUGAAGCUCGUAGAGGCUGAAUGGGCUGAGGGAAAGUUUGUUGAGAAGCCUGGUGAUGAGGAUAUCCAUACUGCAAAUGAGAGAAGAUUGGGCGAGCUCAUUGGCCGUGAUAUUUCUGGUAAGGUUCACACUGGUCGUUCUCGUAAUGACCAGGUCGCUACUGAUAUGAGAUUGUAUGUUCGUGAAGAACUUGCCAAGAUCCGUGCUAUUUUGGUGGGUCUUAUCAAGGUGUUUGUUUCUCGUGCUGAGAAGGAGAUGGACAUUCUCAUGCCUGGUUACACUCAUUUGCAAAGAGCUCAACCCAUUCGUUGGUCGCACUGGUUGAGUUCUCAUGCCACAUAUUUGGCCAAUGAUUUAGAACGUCUUGACCAGGUCAUCAAACGGGUCAACAGAUCGCCUCUUGGAGCCGGUGCUUUGGCUGGUCACCCUUACGGAGUUGACCGUGAGUACAUUGCCGACAACCUGGGUUUCGAGUCUGUUAUUGGAAACUCUUUGACUGCUGUUGCUGAUAGAGAUUUCGUUGUCGAGACCUUGUUCUGGGGUUCUUUGGUGUUGAACCAUUUGUCGAAGUUCUCUGAGGAUCUGAUCAUUUACUCGACUGCUGAGUUUGGUUUUAUCAAGCUUGCCGACGCUUACUCUACUGGAUCCAGUUUGAUGCCUCAAAAGAAGAACCCCGACAGUUUGGAGCUUCUUCGUGGUAAGAGUGGUCGUGUGUUUGGUCAAUUGGCUGGAUUCAUGAUGUCACUCAAGGCUACCCCCUCAACCUAUAACAAGGACUUGCAAGAAGACAAGGAGCCCUUGUUCGACUGUCUGACCACUGUCAGCCACUCACUCUCCAUUGCUACCGGCGUCAUCUCCACUUUAUCUGUUGACGCUGCUAAAAUGAGAGCUGCUCUGACCAUGGACAUGCUCGCCACCGACUUGGCUGACUACCUUGUCCGCAAGGGCGUCCCCUUCAGAGAGACCCACCACAUUUCUGGCGAGGCUGUUGCCACUUCCGAAAAGCUCGGACUUUCAGGCAUCGACCAACUCACUCUCGAGCAGUACAAGCAAAUCGACGCUCGUUUCGAUGCCGACGUCGUCAAUGUCUUCAACUUCGAGACCUCUGUCGAGCGUCGUACUGCCACCGGUGGUACUGCCAAGUCCGCAGUUCUCGCUCAACUCAAGAACAUCGCAUCUUCUCUUAACUAA